UUAACGAUAAACAACACCAGUCGAUUAUUUAAUCUCGCAGCAACCAGACUUGUGCCUCUCAAAAUGAAAUCGUUCAUCCAGUAUCAACAAUAUUGCGACUUCCCCAUUGAAAAUUUACCGUAUGGCGUAUUUUCAACCAAUAAUGACCCUUCACAAAGAAUAGGAGUCGCAAUAGGAGACCAAAUUCUUGACCUUAGUAAAAUAUCCCACCUUUUUACGGGACCGGAACUAAAGGAUAAUCAAAAUGUAUUCAAGGAACAAACUUUAAAUGAAUUUAUGAAAUUGGACGAAAAAGCAUGGAGAGAAGCCAGAAACACCCUUCAAAAUUUGUUGUCCAUAGAAAAUCCUACUUUGCAAAACGAUGUAGAACUUAGAUCUAGAGCUUUUGUACAUCAAUCCGAAGCAAAAAUGCACCUUCCAGCUAAAAUCGGGGAUUAUACCGACUUUUACUCGUCCAUCCAUCAUGCCACUAACGUUGGCAUAAUGUUCAGGAGCAAAGAAAACGCUCUUAUGCCCAACUGGAAAUAUUUACCAGUAGGUUACCAUGGAAGAGCUAGCUCUGUUAUAAUAUCUGGCACACCAAUACACAGACCUCAUGGGCAAACUUUAGCGAUAGAAGGAGCACCUCCAGUCUUUGGACCUUGCAAACUAAUGGACUUCGAACUGGAAAUGGCGUUUUUCGUUGGAGGUCAGACCAAGUUGGGAGAUGUAAUUACUGCUGAAAAUGCUAACAAACAUAUAUUUGGAUUUGUCCUAAUGAACGAUUGGAGCGCUAGGGAUAUCCAAAAGUGGGAGUACAUUCCUUUGGGCCCAUUCACAGCUAAAAACUUGGGAACAACAAUUUCCCCAUGGGUUGUUACAACAUACGCAUUGGAACCGUUCCUGGUUGAUAACUUCCCCCAAGAACCUGAACCUUUUCCAUACCUCAAACAUACAGACAAAUACAACUUCGACAUCAAUCUCCAAGUCGACAUCACUCCCAAAGGAUCGAAUCUUGCUACAACUGUCUGUAGAUCAAACUACAAAUACUUGUACUGGACUGCCAAACAACAACUCGCACAUCAUACCAUUACAGGUUGUAAUCUGAAUGCUGGAGAUCUUUUAGGAAGUGGCACAAUUAGUGGAGAUACAUCCGAUUCAUUUGGAUCUAUGUUGGAAUUGGCCUGGAAGGGAACAAAACCUCUUACACUCUUAGACGGUACCCAAAGGAAGUUUUUGCAAGACGGUGAUACUGUUACCAUGAAAGCGUAUUGUGAGGGCGAUGGCUUUAACGUCGGUUUCGGUAAUUGCGUAGGAACGCUUUUGCCGCCAAAACCUUUAAAUUUGUAACUGCAUAAUUGUAAAAAAUAAAUAUUGU